CCCAAUGGACCUUCAUCCUGAUGGAUAGGCUCUCUCCCUCUCGUUUCCCCUCACAGUGCAGAAGCAGAGGGCGGGUGCUCCAAAGCCUGGUCGUACAGUUCACGGUUCUGAAUUUAUAAAAGAAAAAAAUGGAUUGGGGUUCGAAUGGAGAAGAACCCACUUCGUGGGAAGAAAAUUACAGUGUAAAUUUGAUUCCAUCGGAGUUAUUUUUCAAGUUCCGGAAAGAAGUGCAGGGUUUAAGGGUCGGCCUCAAUCUGGAGUUCUAUAAUGCACCAAUCAAUGAGUUUCAAGGAAAGAUUGUUUUGAAGCCGUUAGCUCCUGAACGGAUGUGGAAGUUCAUCUAUGAGCCUAUCCAUCAGGAUGUUCGUGUUCUUUCGAAAAAGAUUCCUCUAACUGGAUUUCUAAAUCUCCAGGUUGGCGUCGGCCAUAAUUUUCAAAUGAAUGCAAUUGGAUGGAAAUGGAAACUUACUACUUGUUUUGGUGGAGAUGGUAUAUCUCGUACUCGGAAUAAGACAUCGGUUCGCGUGGUUCCUGGUGUGGAUUUGCGCUUUGGGUGGAGGGCUGAUUAUGUACUUCCAGAAAUCACAGGGGCUCUGGGUACUGGUGAACCAUGGUUCAACAUGAACUCGGGAAAGCUGCAAGCAUCGCUAGAUAGAGUUGAGACCAUUGUAACCUAUACUGAUAACUACAGAUUAUACAAGCCUAAAGGCCAGCAGGAUCAGCAGCAGAGAACUGAAACGGAUGUAAUUUCUUAUUCAAGUCCUUCAGAUCCCUUGAAGUCAAGCGACUUUUCGUCACACAAGGACCGUUCUACAUGGAUCAAUGGACCAGAGGAUGCUGCAGAUUUACACAAGUAAAUUGUACAUGCUGUUAUUUCCAAGAGCCGAGCAUGCUUGCAAAUCAGAUCACGGUUUUAUCUACUUUUGCUGUCUAGCAUCGUGUAAAUGAUAUUUAAAUUUCUACCUAGUACAACUUUCACCUGGUUCUCCAUCUUCUUAUUGGGUGCUACCACCGAUCCCUUUGAAUUCGAGUGUUAAAGCAAAGUUUUCAGCCAUAA